GAUUAAAAAAAUAAAAAGCUUAUUAUAUAAAGGAAUCCUUUUUCUCAACUAAGAAAAAUAAAAAAGGAAAAAGAAUCCCUUUCUUUAUUCCCCAAGUCAGAAUUACAGUUGGUCAAUUUGUAUAGCAAGAAAAGAACUUAAGAAAAAUCCUCAGAGAAGCAAAAACAAUGUCAUAGUUUACAAUUUAUUCGAAUGUCUUCAUCUAACAAGUCAAGAAAACCAAACAGAAUCAAUCAAUAUUUUAAGUUUUUUCUUUUAAUUUAUUUUUUUUGGCAAAUAGUAUAAAUAAGACUUAACAACUAUUUCAACGACCUUUGAUAACCCAACUGUAGAAACUAAUAUCUGGUUGUGUCCCAAAAAAGAUAGAGAUAAUGAGGAGAUGGAAAGAGAUGGUAUGGUUGUUGUUGUUACUGUUUCUGGGAACAACACCAUUAUCAAAAUGUUCAUAUGUUAACGAAAGACCGCCUUAUUUUUAUUAUAGAGGUCGUCCAAUGCUGUUAGGAGCUAGUUCUUCUUCUGUUUCUGCUCAUCGGAUGGCUUCCUCUAUUGUUCUUCCCAUGUAUGGCAACGUCUAUCCUCGAGGAUUUUAUUAUGUACCGGUCCUUGUAGGGGAUCCUCCGAGGCCCUUCUUUCUCGAUCCUGAUACAGGCAGUGAUCUCACUUGGCUCCAAUGUGAUGCACCCUGCGUCCGCUGUACUAGGGCUCCUCAUCCCCUGUAUAAACCGAGCACUGACCUAUUAUCUGCUAGAGAUCCCCUAUGUGCUGCGGUUCAACCUGAGUAUUACAAAUGUGACAGCCCUGAACAAUGUGAUUAUGAGGUUGAAUAUGCAGAUGGUGGUUCAUCUCUUGGUGUUCUUUUAAGGGAUGAAAUGCAUUUUAACCUCACUAACGGACUAACACAAAGUCCUCGCUUAGCAAUUGGAUGUGGAUAUGAUCAAAUCCCCGGUUCAUCUCACAAUCCCUUGGAUGGGGUACUUGGCCUUGGCAAGGGGAAAGCCAGCAUUGUCUCACAACUCAGUGAUCAGGGUUUGACUAGCAAUGUUGUCGGACACUGCUUAAGUGGGCGAGGGGGAGGCUAUAUCUUCUUCGGAGAUCAAAUUUAUGAUUCUUCCCGAUUGGUUUGGACAAAUUCAUCUCGUGGUUACACGAAACACUACUCACCUGGAUUUGCUGAGCUUGUAUAUGGUCGGAGAACAACUGGAGUUGAAAAUCUUCUAGUGGUUUUCGACAGUGGGAGUUCCUUCACUUACUUUGCCUCCGAAGCUUACCACACCCUUGUUUCUCUGUUAACAAGAGAUUUACACAGAACAUCUCUGAAAGAUGCAACUGAUGAUGACACGCUUCCCCUUUGCUGGAAAGGUAGACGACCUUUUAAGAGCAUCCGUGAUGUUAGAAAAUACUUCAAGCCUUUGUCUUUAAGCUUUGGAGAUGGAAGCAGAUAUGCUGCUCAAUACGACAUUCCUCCUGAAAAUUAUCUCAUCAUUUCAAUCAAAGGAAACGCCUGUUUGGGAAUUCUGAACGGUACUGAAGUAGGACUGCAGAAUUACAACAUCAUUGGAGAUAUAUCGAUGCAAGAUAGGAUGAUAGUGUAUGAUAACGAGAGGACUAUGAUCGGAUGGGGACCUGCAAACUGCGAAAGAAUUCCAAAGGGAAAGGCGGUUAGUUUAUGAAGGUUGUUCAUGUAGAUAGAUAUCAAUUGUUUGAUCUGUAACUCCUGUAAUUAUACUUAAUAAUAAUACUACACAAGAUGGCAGGCUGUAAGUAGAAGUUGUAAGUAGGCAGAUUGUUGUCAUGUAUAUUAGGGUUAACAUUAUAGUUGGGUUUAAAUACUUUAAUUCCUGUUUGGAAUCAUGAUUAAGAUUUUAAGGGAUAUGAGAAUUAACAUUAAUUUGAUAAUUCAGUGAUUAUCUUGGUCUUUCACUUAAGCUUUCUGUUCUUGUUAAUGUGUAAUAUGAUUGUUAGUACAAAGUUUGACAAUCA